GGUGGAGUGGGGUGGGGUGGCUUAAAACACUUUCAAGCACUUUUCACUUAAAAAUAACUGGUGAAAUAAAAGGAGUGAAUUAUUCGAAUUAUUAUUAUUUUUAUUACUGUUUUCAUCUUCACUAGACUUCGAAUUAAACUGUGUUGAGUUGUACAGUUAACUGGAUAACUAGUUUCACAAUAAAAAAAUAUAUACUUUGAAGCUUACACAACUCAAAUGUCAAUAUUUCGCAUCUCAUGUUUUCUACUGAUCGUGAUAAUGGCAAUAUGUACAUUGAUUACAGGAUUAGCCUUGGCACCAUUUUGGGGAAACACUUCAACAAAUGGCGAAAAAAUUCAACUGUCAUUCUGUGUAAUCUCGGUUAUUUUACUUGGAUCAUCUGGUCUUCUUACCUUUGUCUCCAUUAUUUGUGGAGUAUCUAGAACAAGAAGAUUAAUAGUUCUCUCGUUGGUACUACUCAUAUUAGCUGUUGGUUUUCUGUGUGCAUCUAACGUUUUAAUGCUUAUUGGUGAGGGGAAAUUUUAUAAGUGCUGGAUAUUCGCUUCCCUAUGGAUAACUGCUGCAUGUAUACCAUUUGCAUUGGGCAGUAUUUAUACACCACCCAUUCAGUUGGAACGUCUAUAAAAAAGAUUAUAAUGAAUGGAGGAAGAAGGAUGCGAUGGAUGACAGCUGUGAUGCCGAUAAUAUAUACAUAUCUGAUUUUGUUCCUUAGUAUAGAAUGAACAAAAUAUUAAAAGUUUUUUUUGAAAAA